ACGUCUUUCGCAGUCGCUUUCAGCCGAUCGUCGGCAUCGCCCGUACGUCUGGCUCGUACGGUUUGAAGCGUGCCACAGUUUACUAACAGACGCAGUGUUUACAAAUAUGGACCCCAAACCGUAACCGGUAAAUGGGACACCGUAAAACUAAUGUGAAGUGUUGUGCUACUGUCUUAUAAAUUCACUUUAAUUUAAAAACAAACAAAUAGUAAGUUUUUUAUUAGUUAGCAUUUAUUUCCAGACAGCAAUUUAAAUUAAAACAUAAAACCUAAACAAACUUUUUGCUGAUUUUUUUAGACUGCCAUUGAAAUAUUUAAAAUACUUAAAACUUUUUGGAGUGAUGUUUUGAACUUUCCAAAAAUUGUGUGCAGAACUAAUUUAAAAUUGGAGUGAAUCGAACGUUUCGAAUGAAAUUGAAAUUAUGUUUUCUUUUUAAAAGAUUUAAAAAGAAAGGAAAGCUUUUCUUCGCUUUGCGGGUAAAAGAAAAGUUGGAAGGAGUUUAUUUAUGAAAUAGGGUAGAGGGAGACAGACAAAAUGGCAGAGAACAGUAAUUCCACAAUGGAGAUGGGCACAAGCGAUCAGGUGCUGGUCGCGACCAAACGGAAGAAGAGCUUGGUGUACGUCAUCGGAGGAAUAGCUAUGGUGGUAGCCAUUGGAGUGGUCAUAGCACUCGUUGUCCUACUGUCUGGCAAUGAGGGAGGUUCGGCUGAAGACCUGAUCAACACUACUGAAGGUCCCACGCCGAUAGUGGAUCCUUCAACCGCGACGACGAUAACGACAACGACCACACUAGCACCUGAAACCCCUGAAACACCACCAACAACCACCGAACCACCGGAACCAGAAGACGAUUCCAUACCAUUAGAAGACAUCAUCAAUGGAGUCUUCGCUUUGCCUUCCUUCAGUGGCACUUGGACUGGAGGAAACGAAGUAUUAUUCCGGAACGCGAAUGGCGCCCUAGUGUUGUUUGACGUGGACACUGACAGCACAACAUUGCUGAUCUCCAACUCUUCGGAGAUUCUUCAACAAUCUGGACGAGUAACUCUUCUGUCGCCGGAUCGUAACCAUGUGGUUCUGGCGUAUGGCAUUCAGCCGGUCUACAGACACAGUUUCAAGGCGCGGUAUGCAGCUGUGGAUAUUCUGACUGCUACCUCAAUAGCAAUCGUUCCACCUGUAGAAAAUACCACUGAACUUCUCCAAAACUUCAUCUGGGGUCCUUCAGGAACGUCUUUGGCGUUUGUUUUCGAGAAUAACAUCUACUAUCAAAGCAGUUUGACCAGCGAGCCUGUACAAAUUACAGUCACUGGAGAUGAUUCCGUCGUCUACCAUGGAAUCCCCGAUUGGGUUUAUGAAGAGGAAGUAUUCGGCUCGAACAACGCUAUGUGGUUCUCAGCUGAUGGCACUAAGCUGGCAUAUGCGACCUUCAACGACACUGAAGUUCGAAUCAUGAAGGUCCCUCACUACGGCAUCCCAGGGUCCACCGACUGGCAGUACACUGAACAUAAUGAGAUACGCUAUCCUAAGCCUGGCACCACUAACCCGACGGUGACUGUUACCAUACGAGAGAUUGCUGAUGGUGGUCAGUCCACCGUGUACGAAGCGCCAUCAGACCUCGACCAACCAAUUCUGAGGAACGUUCGUUUCGUCAACAAUGAGACGAUUGCAGUGAUGUGGACCAACCGUGUGCAGACUUCACUCUCUGUGCUACUGUGCACUUCCGGAACUGAAACUUGCACUCAAAUCUACACAUACUCUGAAGAAAAUGGCUGGAUUGACAACAUUCCUCUCAUGUUUAACGAACAAGGAAAUUCAUUUAUCACCAUCUUGCCACAGUCGGUGGACGGAGUACUGUACAAGCAAAUCGUGCAGGUGUCUGAGAACACUGCUGAGGACAACGCUAGCCCUCUCUGGGUCGCAGAGUCCCGUACCAACACUUCCAACACCGUUCUGGACAUCUUGCUCUGGACCCCUGAUGACGUCAUCUGGUACAAAGCAACUCACGUUGAUGACUCCGCUGAGCAACACAUUUACACUGUGAACGCUACCCGUGUUAUAUCCUGCUAUACCUGCAAUAUUGUACGGGAUGACGGUGGCAGGUGUCUGUACAAUGAAGCUAGUAUUAGCCAGGAAGCAACGCGAGUGUCCGUCACCUGCGGCGGACCUGAUGUGCCGAAGGUCUUCAUUUACGAUUCUAACGGAAGUCUAGUGAGAGUGUGGGACGACAACGCAGAGACAGCUGGACUAGUGGCUUCUAGAAGCAUCCCAGAGAUCAUCCGGCUUAAAGUCCACGUUGCUGAUGGCCUACCAGAAGCCGAUGUUCAGAUACAAGUCCCUCCCAACUACCAGGAGAGGACCAAUGUGCCGCUCUUAGUAUACGUCUACGGAGGUCCAGACUCAGCUCUAGUCACGAAGCAGUGGAGCAUCGAUUGGGGUACUUCUCUGGUCAGCCGCUGGAACAUUGCUGUGGCCCACAUCGACGGCCGAGGGUCCGGCCUCCGUGGAGUAGCCAACACCUUCGCUUUGAACAGGCAACUCGGCACUGUUGAGAUUGAAGACCAGAUCCAAGUUACCAAAUACCUCCAAGACAACCUGACGUGGGUGGACUCGAACCGUACGUGCAUAUGGGGCUGGUCUUAUGGAGGUUACGCCGCAUCGUUGGCCCUUGCUCGAGGUGGUGACGUGUUCCGUUGUGCUGCUGCUGUCGCUCCCGUCGUCGACUGGCGUUUCUAUGACACCAUCUACACGGAGCGUUAUAUGGAUACUCCACAGAACAAUACUCAAGCGUACAUCAAUUCGUCGCUCCUCACUCCGGAAGUUGUGGCAGCAUAUCGUGAGAAGCGCUACUUCCUCGUCCACGGUACAGCUGACGACAACGUCCACUACCAACACGCUAUGCUCAUCUCACGCCUGCUACAGAGGCAGGACGUGUUCUUUAACCAGAUGAGCUACACUGACGAAGACCACGGCCUAGUCGGCGUCCGACCGCAUCUCUACCACGCACUAGAAAAGUUCUUGCAAGAGAAUAUGUUGUAAAAAACCUUUAUUAACAUUCCAUAUACAAGAGCAACUUCCCAACAAGAAACAGGAACGAAAUAUUGCCAUUUUCAGUUGGCGCGGUGAAAGUAAAAGUGUAAAAAUCGAGAUGGCGCCACUUGCCACAGUAUCCCAGUGAAUCAAUCAAAUUAUGGGUAGUACUUAGGCGAUGUAGGUACCUAUUUAAACGAAAGUGUAACAAAACAAACAACAAUUCUAGUACGCCUACUUCUAGCUAAAGUUCUUAAACCCCUUUAGAUUUUUGAAAGCAAUAUUUACAAAAACAUGUUCUAUUAUGAAAUAAAGAAGAUACCUACUAAAUAGUUGUCUAAGAGCAAAUAAAAUGACAAAUUAAUGUCGUUAAAAUGUAGUGUGAAACAAUAAUAAGUAAUAUUUCAACGUUCACGCAUGUUGGUCAAAAUACGAAAUGUUAUAUAAUAGUAUUUAAGUAGAGCAAGUAACAAAAAGUAUUACUUAAUUCAGCGAUAAAUGAAACUUCCAACGUAAAUAAGUAUUUUUUAAAAUUAUAAAAUAUAUUUCAUAGCAAUUAUAUUUUAUUAUUAUUAUUUUUUAAAGACAUCGUGAUCGUCAAAGAUUAUGAUUAUGAUAUCCUUAAAAACAACUAAUGUUGCCAAAUGUAAAUUUGUACCUAACAGGGUUACCAUAUGGAAUUCGUAGAGUUUUAAAUAUUCCAAUUAUGAAUCAGUACCUAAAUCUAGGAUAAUAGUACGAAAUAAUAUUAUUUUGUUUGUAAAUAUUUAAAGUACUUUAAGUACAAAGUUUCUUAAAUAAAUGUGUUUUCUACAA